UUUCGAUAAACCCGCUAGAUGUUAAGCCAAACAAAUUGUUAAUCCAAUUAAACUUUUUCGAAAAAACAGUGGUCAGAGGGAUUUGACAGUGACUGCAGUUCUUGCCAUUAACUUUAUUGAGAUUUGCUCGGUUUUUGCCAUUACCCAAGUGCCUUAGAGCCAGUGAUUGCCAUUUGUUUGCAGAUACUGCGCCUGCCUUUGCCUAACCUAACAGCCACAUUUGUUGGAAAAUUAACUUGCAUAAUUAAAGCCAAGGUCAACAGCUAUAACUACAACAGCAACAACAACAACAACAUCAUCUAAACAAAAGUCACGACCCGCCUUACCUUAUUUUUGUGUGCGCGAAAAAAAGAUGCAACACAGCAGCGUUUAGGCAGCAUACUUGUACUUUUAGCUUCUCCAACCGUAAGUCUUUGGGCAUAUAAUCGCUCAACAUGUGCUGCAAGUGCUGCGGGGAAACACAACGCAAGGCCUGGGUCUUUGGCCUGGGCUCGCUCUUCAUGUUGCUGGGCAUCCUUCUCGUCGUCUUUUGGCCCGGUCUGGCCGACAAUCUAGUGGAGGAUGGUCUCAAACUGAAGCCGGGCACCGACACCUACGACAGCUGGCUGGAGGCGCCGAUUCCCAUUUAUCUUAGCUUCGUUUUGUUCAAUUGGACGAAUCCCGAAGAGAUUCGCAAUCCGAACGUGAAGCCCAACUUUGUGGAGAUGGGUCCGUAUGUGUUCCUCGAGAAGCACAAGAAGGAGAAUUUCACCUUCUACGAUAAUGCCACGGUGGCCUACUACGAACGCCGCACCUGGUUCUUUGAUGCGGAAAAGUCAAACGGCACGCUGGAUGACAUGGUGACGGCUGCGCAUGCCAUCACCGCCACGGUGGCCGACGAGAUGCGGCAUCAGAAAAAGAUCGUGAAGAAGAUCAUUAACUUUAUGCUAAACCACGAGGGCGGGGAGCUGUACACGACGAAGCCCGUGGGCGAGUGGAUCUUCCAUGGCUACCAGGACGAUCUCACCGAUUUCCUGAACCUGUUCAACACAUCCGUAAUCGACAUUCCCUACAAGCGCUUUGGCUGGCUGGCGGAUCGUAACGAAUCGCUAACAUACGAUGGUCUCUUCACCAUUCACACGGGCACCGACAACAUCGCCAACGUGGGCAAGCUGACGCACUGGAACGGCAAGGAGGAGACCGGAUUCUAUGACAUGCCCUGCGGCGUUGUAAACGGCACCACCGGGGAUCUCUUUGCGCCCAAGAUGAAUGUCAAGGAAGAGAUCACCAUUUUUGCCACCGAUGCCUGUCGCUUCAUGAACCUCAGGCCGGCGGGCACCUUCGAGAAUCACGGCCUGACUGCCACCCGCUGGGUGGGCACUGAGGAGACCCUCGACUCUGGCGAGAAUUAUCCGAAUCAGGCCUGCUUCUGUGAUCCCCGGCUGGAGGAGUGCCCCAAGACGGGUGUGGUCGAGUGCAAGGCCUGCCGCGACAAGGCGCCCAUCUACUCCUCAUUCCCGCACUUUUACCUGGCGGACAAGCAUUAUGUGGAUGCGAUUACUGGCAUGAAGCCGGACAAAGCGAAGCACGAGUUCGUCAUGGCCAUAGAGCCCACAACGGGUGUGCCCGUCCAGGUGCACGCCCGCAUUCAGAUCAACAUGAUGAUUGAGCCCGACGAUGAUUUCGACAUCUAUAGAGGAGUUCCGAAGGUGCUGAUGCCCAUGUUCUGGUUUGAUCAGUACGCAGAGCUCUCGCCCGAGCUGGCAGCCAAGGCCAAGUUGGCCAUAAAUCUGUCCUCCUAUGGCACUAUCUUUGGCUAUUCACUGGUGGCCUUUGCCAGUCUCUUCAUCAUCACAGGCGUCGCACUGACGCUGACCAAGCGUUGGGUGCGUCGCGCCGACGACGAGGACAUGCUGACAAACUGAGUAGGAUGGGGCCAUAGCCGUAGUUGUUAUUAUUAAUAGCCAAAGUGCCAAUGACAAAUUAACACUACUAGUUCAUGCUGAUAGUCGCAUCGUUUGUUGUUACGCGCUAUGUAUUAUUUAACUGUUAGCCGGUAGUUCGCCUUCAACAUUCGUCGUGCAUUUUGUGAUAGCAAACCCUAAUCCUUAAUCCCUCUAACUUUUAAUCUAUAUAUACGUAACACCCACAAAAAACAGAGAUUACCUUCCUACACUUUGAAUUUUUCAUUUUUUUUUAUUUCGCAAACAUAAUUUUUACAACACGUUUUUGUUUUUUAAUC